CGGGGCGGGGCGGGAGCGCGGGCACCGCAGCUGCAGGAGUUGCUGGGAGAGCGCGCGGCCAGAUCACAAGGCGGCGGCGGAGAAGGCCUGCAGACCUGCUCGCUCAGCCCUCGGCCUCGGCCUACGCCAGACCCUGUGCGCAUCCGACGAUCGGGAGCCGCAGCCUCCAUUCAUCUCUGAGGUACUGUGUUCCGCGCUGCUCGCGGGGCCGCCCAGUCCGCUGCUGCGGCGCCUCCUUCCUUCCUCCUUCCCUCGCGCCCUCUCGCUCGCCAGCGCCUUCCCUGCCAGCCUGCGUCACCGCGGCCGCCAUGGCUGAGAACGGCGAGAGCAGCGGCCCCCCGCGCCCCUCCCGUGGCCCUGCUGCGGCCCCAGGCACGGACCCUGAGCCGGCCGAGCCCAAAAUCAUCAAAGUCACUGUGAAGACUCCCAAAGAGAAGGAGGAGUUCGCGGUGCCCGAGAAUAGCACCGUCCUGCAGUUUAAGGAAGCGAUUUCCAAACGCUUCAAAUCGCAAAUCGAUCAGCUCGUGCUGAUUUUUGCCGGAAAAAUCUUGAAAGAUCAAGAUACCUUGAUGCAGCAUGGCAUCCAUGAUGGACUGACUGUUCACCUGGUCAUCAAAAGCCAGAAUCGCCCUCAGGGCCAGUCAACCACGCAGCCUAGCACUACUGCAGGAACUUCCACGACCACGACCACCACCACCACCACGACGCGAGCGUCGACCACGGGUCCCAGGAGUAACUCCACACCUACGGUCACAAAUAGCAAUCCGUUUGCAUCGGGGACCCUGGGAGGACUUGCUAGCCUUAGCAGCCUGGGUUUGAGCUCGACCACCUUCACUGAGCUUCAGAACCACAUGCAGCACCAGCUCAUGUCUACCCCUGAGAUGAUGAUCCAAAUCAUGGAAAAUCCCUUUGUUCAGAGCAUGCUUUCGAAUCCUGACCUGAUGAGGCAGCUCAUUAUGGCCAAUCCUCAGAUGCAACAAUUGAUUCAGAGAAACCCAGAAAUCAGUCACCUACUGAACAACCCAGAUAUAAUGAGGCAGACUCUCGAAAUCGCCAGGAAUCCUGCCAUGAUGCAAGAGAUGAUGAGAAACCAAGACCUGGCUCUCAGCAAUCUCGAAAGCCUCCCAGGUGGCUACAAUGCUCUGCGGCGCAUGUACACUGACAUUCAAGAACCCAUGCUGAAUGCCGCACAGGAGCAGUUUGGGGGUAACCCCUUCGCCACGGUGGGGAGCAGUUCCUCCUCGGGGGAAGGCACCCAGCCUUCCCGCACAGAAAACCGGGAUCCACUGCCCAAUCCUUGGGCACCACCGCCAGCUACCCAGAGCUCUCCGACCACCACCACGACCACAAGCAGUGGCAAUGUGCCUGGCAGCAGCUCCGCUAGAACGCUCAACGGGAACACCGUGGCAGCAGCUAGCUAUGUUGCUAGCAUCUUCAGUACCCCGGGAAUGCAGAGCCUGCUGCAGCAGAUAACUGAAAAUCCCCAGCUGAUUCAGAAUAUGCUGUCUGCACCCUACAUAAGAAGCAUGAUGCAGUCGCUGAGCCAGAAUCCAGAAUUGGCUGCCCAGCUGAUGAUGAGUAGCCCGCUGUUUGCAGCAAAUCCUCAGCUGCAAGAGCAGAUGCGUCCGCAGCUUCCGCAUUUCCUGCAGCAGAUGCAGAAUCCAGACACACUUGCGGCCAUGUCAAACCCGAGAGCAAUGCAGGCGUUGAUGCAGAUCCAGCACGGGCUACAGACACUAGCCACUGAAGCACCUGGCCUCAUUCCAACCUUUGCUCCAGGUUUGGGGUUGGGAAUCCUGGGAACCACCCUAACCCCUGUGGGCCCAGUCACUCCCAUAGGGCCCAUCGCUCCUAUAGUUCCUUUCACACCCAUAGGCCCCAUUGGGCCUAUAGGACCGACUGUUCCUGUAAGCUCUCCUGGCUCCACCGGCACUGGGAUCCCUACUGCAACCACUGUGACCAGCUCUGCACCUACUGAAACCAUAAGUCCAACUUCAGAUUCUGGUCCCAGCCAGCAGUUCAUUCAGCAGAUGGUGCAGGCCCUGGCUGGAGCGAAUCCUCACCAGCUGCCGAAUCCAGAAGUGAGAUUUCAACAGCAACUGGAACAGCUCAACGCCAUGGGCUUCUUAAAUCGUGAAGCAAACUUGCAGGCCCUAAUAGCAACAGGAGGCGACAUCAAUGCAGCCAUUGAGAGGCUGCUGGGCUCUCAGCCAUCGUAAUUACAGUUCUGUACCUUGAAAAAAAUGUAUCUUAUUUUUGAUAAUGGCUCUUAAAUCUUUAAACACUCACAAAAUCGUGCUUUACUUUUAUUUUGAUUCUUUUAAAUCUGUCUACUUAUAAAUCUAAUACCAUGCAUUUUAAGGUGGAGUCCCUCCCUUCUUUCCUUCCUGCUCCUCCUCCCGCCACCUUCCCUCCCACCCUCGCCCUUCCCUUCCAGCCUGCCCUCUCCCCUCUUUGUUUCCUUCCUUCCCUCCUUCAUUCCUUCCUUUUCUUUGGAUUUUCUUCCUUCUCUGAUUUGAAUGGUGGGGAUCAAUGCUGUUUCACUCAAAGGUGUUGCAUGCAAACACUUCUCUUUAUUCUGCAUUUAUUGUGAUUUUUGGACACAGGUAUCAGCCUUCACAGUUGGGUGAACAAGUUCUGUCCUACAGAUGUCCAGUUUAUUUGCAUUUUAAACAUUAGCCUAUGAUAGUAAUUUAAUGUAGAAUGAAGGUAUUAAAAACAGAAGCAAAUUAUUUGAAGCUCUCUAAUUUGUGGUAAAAUAUUGCUUAUUGUGACUUUGGCAUGUAUUUUUGCUAGCAAAUGCUGUAAGAUUUAUACCAUUCAUUGAUCGUUUUUGUUAUUAUUUGUACACAGUACAGUAAGCACAAUUGGAAUUGUACAUCUAGAAGUAUUACUGUAGAAUCUCUGAGCAGAAUAUGUGUAACCAAAAUAAGAAAGAAUAUAAGAAAUACUCCUGAAGCUAGGUAUGUCUCACAAUUUUGUAGAGUCUUACAGCAUAUUUGAUAAAUUUCUCAGUGAAAAUGUUGGCUAGGCAAGUUCAGUUAAAAUAUAGUAGAAAUGUUUAUCCUGGUUUCUCUAAGUAUACAUUAAUUGUACAGAAAACUUACAGUGUAACAUUGUGUCAACAGUUGCAGAUUGAUUGUAUAUGACCUUAAUCUUUGUGCAGCCUGAAGGAUCAGUGUAGUGAUGCCAGGAAAGUGCUUUUGACCUAAGAUUUCCUCAGCUUCUCCCAUGAAGAGACCCUAAUAUGCAUUUUGAUUUGUAAUUGGAAAUGUAACUUUUACUGGAAGUGUCAUGUGGUGUCUGCAUUACUUUUAACUGCUAUGUAUACAGGAAAGUGUAUCUUUUGACUAUCAGUUAUUUCUCUUGUGCACAGGGAAAAAUGCAUUAAAAUGACUAAAAAAAUAAAAAAAAAUUUAAAAAA